UGCUGGUGUCAGCUGAGCAGAUAAUUGAAAGGUUUCUGUGGGACUAGCUGAAACUAGUUGGGAGAACACAAAGGAGUAGGAAGAUAAGGAGAGAAGUUCAGGAACCCAAAGCUGCUGGGCUGUUCCUGCUGAAACCUAUUCCCCAAGUACAGGCUCCGCUCUCCCUUCACUGACCAGUGACAUAGAAACAAGGAACGACCCAGUGAGGCAGUCGGCGAGUCAUUUCUCUGGAUCCUCGAGUGGGAGCUGAGCGGCACAAUGAAAAGAUCUCACUUUAUGGCAUUUCUUUAAAGGAUGGAAUUACGAGCAUUUUGCGUCAUUCUCUUGAUCACAAUCCUGGCCGUGAGUUCACAAGCAGCAAAGAACAAAAAAGAGAAGGGUAAAAAGGGGGCGUCUGACUGCACAGAGUGGACUUGGGGGAGCUGUAUCCCCAACAGCAAAGACUGCGGAGCCGGAACUCGGGAGGGAACAUGCAAAGAGGAGACCCGUAAGCUGAAGUGCAAGAUUCCCUGCAACUGGAAGAAAGAUUUUGGGGCUGACUGUAAGUACAAAUUUGAGAACUGGGGGGAGUGCAAUGCCACCACUGGGCAGAAGGUUCGCUCUGGAACCCUAAAGAAGGCCCUGUAUAAUGCCGACUGCCAGCAAACAGUGGAAGCCGCCAAGCCCUGCUCCCUCAAAACCAAGUCCAAAUCCAAAGGCAAGAAAGGCAAAGGGAAGGAGUAGAAGAGCAGAGAAGCCUCAGCCGGAUCAUUUUCUGCAACCUGCACUCCCCCUUUUAUUUGUCAUGGAAUUUCCUUCUUUACAAUCUGUCUCCGAAAUGCACUCUCUCAGCCCCGCCCCCUCCACUCUCCAACUCCUCCCUGCCCCGCCCCCUCCUGAGACUGACGUUUUAUAAUCACUAAUUUUUUUAGGGAAAAAAAAAAGAAAAGGAAUCAAUGAAAAGAAGCAGCCACUGUGUCUGUCCUGACCCCCCGGGCGCCACUCUAUAUACCACUACGUCCCCCCCUCUAUAUACCACUACGUCCCCCCCUUCCCCAUUUGCGUUUGUGGCUUGUUAUAUUUCUCUAUUUUUUAGGAAGAUUCCUUCUGGAUUUGCUUUUUUUUUUUAAUAAAUGUACAGUUUGAAUUUGUA